AUGCCCCCCAACAGCCAUAACUUACCCAAUGGAGACCAUGCCUUCACCCAGCCGCAUUACGUGAUUUCCAGCUACGGCAACGACGACGACGACGUUUUCUAUAUUCUCCAGGCCGUCUUACACACCCUAAACGAGCAUAACGUUAGAUGUCCCCGAGGCACCAAGACCAUGGUUCGGAUUUUCGCCAGUCGCGUCUUCCAUGACUGGAACACCGAUAAACCCAUUCCUGUUCCCGCCGAUAGCCCGCGUCUGCUCACCCGCGAUCGAUCUUCACUGAGGCUUAGUACCAUCAGCAUCGAUUCGCCUCCUUUCGUCCUCAACGGUGAUACCGACUUGACAGAAUAUCUGAUUUCCUUCCCCGCGCCAGGCCCUGCCCACCGCCGCCAGGGUCAGCCCGCGUUUCUCGAGCCUAUCAUUGAAAUUGAUAAUCAUUGCUGCGGCCUCGGAUUUUUAUGCACCGACUCGCAAGGCGACAGGCUUCCGCUCAAUGCUGUUAACUUUGACCACGGCGUCAACCUCUCGAUUGCCUGCCAUCUGGUCCAAAUGCAUUACGACAGGAACGAACACAAGCGUAUCAUGGAGUGGAAUACCGACCGCGCGAUCUACUGGGCCCGUCAGCGCCUACUGAACUUUGCCCGUAACCUCAACAACAUUUUCAUUUACGAUAACGGCAACCGGUAUCGAUGCGCUGACGAGUAUGUUCAUCCUCUACAUGGGGCUCUGCUCUGUCGCGAUGUCAUCGAGCAGCUGCGUGACACCGCCGAACGCAAUGGUGUAGAACUGCAUUUGAGAGCAGCGAGCUGGGGGUGGAUGGAGCCAAGCAACUCAUGA